AUGUCCACCACUCUACUUUGGUUUUCAGGUGUAAUAGGAUACGUGAUUCAAACAAAAUGUUUGUCCAAUAUACAAUCCAGAAAGGAAAUAUCAGGGGGACCUAAUGGUACAAUCGCAACUCCCGAGACUAACGGCGACAAUGGCAACUCAAGCUCAUUAACUUUUUAUCUGACAUUUAUGUAUUUUGCAUCGUGGUUGCUCUUGGUUCCUGUAUCUCGACUUUGGAAGAAAAUGAGACCGAUGAUUGUUUCUGAUUCAGAAUCAAACAGAAAUUCACAAACGUACAGCCCCAACGCCGAAACUGGAACAGAGGAAGAUGUCGAUGUGUUCUCGCAUGUGUUGGAUGAUCCUCAACCACGCAUCGUAACUCAACAACAGAAGCAAAAAAUCAUAUCUGUGGCUACUUUUAAAUAUCUGGCUAAGCUAACAGUGUUGGCUCUAAUAAUGAUUGUCGCCGACUUGACCUAUAACAUGGCUUUGUCACUAUCACCAGCAUUCGAUGUUGCUUUAAUUCAAAACACUGCAAUUUUUGAAAUUGUUACUUUGCUAUAUGGUGUUUGCGGGAUCUCUAGGAAGAACUACGUUUUUCGCAACUUCCUCAUCAUGAUGAAUGCAGUCAUUGGAAUUUUAAUCAUCUCAUAUACAAAGGCUACCUGUGAUAUGCUUGCCGGGAAGCUGUCCGUCAACCCUGAUACAGGAGAACUUUCAGACCCAUUCUUGUUCGACAGGUUGAAAGGUGCUUUGAUUUGUGGCCUUGGUGCCUUGAUCAUGGGUCCAUUUGCUGUGUUAUGGAACCGUUGGUUUUGCAGUAACAUUUCCAAAAACGAAAACUCCGCUGUCGUCUUGGUCAAGCAAAGCACUCACAUGGCCUUAAUCGGGAUUAUCGGUAUGAUAAUACUUUUGCCAUUUAUUCCCAAGUUUCCUUCUCGCGGGUCCUUAGAAUCCAUUUCCUUAUUUUACAAUGACAAGGGCUUUUGGUUCUCGCUAUUAGGGUCAAUUAUCUUUGGCUCUUUACCCAGCUUGAUUUCGGUACUAGAGUUGAACCGCAAAGCACCUGCUGAAUAUUUGACAACAUGCAACCUUGGGGCUAUUAUCUUCAUGGGGUUGGCUGAAUGGAUUUGCGAACCUACUCAAACCACUAUAGUUAGAUGGGAAGUCAUUGGAUAUAUAAUGCUGACUGUUAGUUUGUUGGUCCUAUCGGUAACGCUCGGUGAAGGCAAAUAUCACCAUUAG